AUGGCAACCUUUAGAAGAUCAAAGGGUGGAAGACGAUCCAAGGCUAUUGAAGGAUGCAAAAAACACCCAAAACACAAGCAAUCACCAGGCGUUUGUUCACUGUGUUUACAACAAAAACUCUCUCAGCUAUCGUUUGAAUAUUCCAUCCCACGAUGUCGUAUCCCCAUUACAGUUGACUCUUCCAUUUGUUCUUCAUCGUCACCAUCAUCUUCAUCUUCUUCAUUGUCAUCUUAUUAUUCUUCAGCUUCAACUUCUGCUUCUUCUUCUCCUACACAUAGCUACCAUUUGAUUAGAGAAGGAAAGGGUAAUUCGUUUCCCUUGUUACUGUUCAGUGGCAUGAAAAGGAAUUGUGGGUUCUUCUCAAAGUUGCUUCAUCAUCACAGUAACACUACCACCAUGGUUCAUUAA